AGUGUGAAAAUCGGUGUUGCCCAAAACAUAUGGCGUGGCCGCUCUCAGGUUUAUCUCUGGCUAUGUUUCUCUCUGUAGUCUAUACAUUUAAAUCAUGCAAAAUCUGACAAAGUGUCCAAAGCGGCAUUAUAUAGCGCCCAGUAAAGUAUUUAAUUUUUUAUCCAAGAACCUCCAUCCUAAGGGAAAAGUCAUUUUUGACGUUAAACACUUGAGUUGUGCGCAUAAUAAUGGAUCAAAUAGGUUAUUUCUACCUGUGUCGUAUCAUGCUUUUAGAAAAAUACGUAAAGAAAUUCAUGCUUUACAGUCUGCCCUGUUGUGCAGUAACAUAAGCACAUUCAACUUUUCCCCAAAGUUUGAUAACAUAAGGUACUUUAAUACAACAUGUAACAAUUCCAAUAAGCAAUCACCAAAGGAAUCUGGUUCUGAAAAUCCAGACAAGGAACCUAACAAAAAUGAGGAAUUGAUAGUACUUCUUCGCAAGCUUUCUAUAGUGAUCAUGUUAUUGUAUGUUUUCCUGUUUGCGUUGAGACAACAGAUAGAUACAAAUGUAGAACCUUUAGCAUCUGUCUCCUGGAAUGAAUUUAUAUAUCAUAUGUUGAGCAAAGGAGAAGUUGAGGCUAUUCUUGUGAAUCCAGCUAUUGAGCAUGUUAUGAUUUUGGUUCAUGAAGGUGCUAUUAUCAAGGGAACAAGAGCCCUAUAUAAUAGAUAUUACAUGUCUGUUCCAAACAUUGAACAUUUUGAAGAGAAACUAAGAAAGGUGGAAAAAAACCUUGGCAUAAAAACUGGCCAAGGAGUGCAAAUUAUAUAUGAGAGGAAGACGGAAUAUAUCGUAAGCUUGAUAAGAUUUUUGUUGUUUGCAACGAUCAUUACUGCCAUCCUAGCUUUCUUCAAGAAACGUUUUCCUAUCAAUCCUCUCGAGAUUUUCUCACAGAUGAAACAAGCAAAAUUUACGCUAGUCGAGCCGUUAGUGGGGCAAGGUAAAGGCGUGCGUUUUGCAGAUGUGGCGGGAUUAAAGGAAGCUAAAAUAGAAGUAAUGGAGUUUGUUGAUUACCUCAAGCAUCCAGAGCGUUACAAGACGCUUGGUGCUAAGGUGCCGCAGGGUGCUCUACUUUUAGGACCUCCCGGUUGCGGUAAAACCUUAUUAGCUAAAGCUGUAGCGACUGAAGCAAGUGUUCCAUUUUUAUCUAUGAACGGUUCCGAGUUUAUCGAAGUGUUUGGUGGCUUAGGAGCUGCUCGAGUGAGGGACUUGUUCAAAGAAGCCAAAAAAAGAGCACCAAGUAUCAUAUACAUUGAUGAGAUUGACGCGAUUGGCAAGAAACGUUCAGACAGUUCAAUUGGAAUUGGCAAUAGUGAGUCUGAACGAACCUUAAAUCAACUUUUGGUAGAAAUGGAUGGAAUGAUCGCGAAAGAAGAUGUCAUCAUAUUGGCUUCGACGAACAGGGCGGACGUGUUGGACAAAGCGUUACUGAGACCCGGUAGAUUUGACAGGCAUAUUUUAAUCGAUCUUCCCACGUUAGAUGAACGGCAACAAAUCUUUAAGACUCACCUCAAGAAAAUAUCUUUACAGAGUGAACCUUCAAAAUACUCGGAAUACUUGGCUUAUCUCACACCUGGCUUUAGCGGUGCUGACAUAGCGAAUGUCUGCAACGAAGCCGCGCUACAUGCUGCAAGGGAUAAAAAGAAACAAGUCGACAGCAGCGAUCUUAUGUAUGCGAUCGAUAGAACGAUCGGUGGUUUAACAAAGAGGAAUAAUCCACUGACACCAUCUACGAAACGCGUUGUUGCCUACCACGAAGCUGGUCACGCAUUAAUGGGCUGGUUGCUGGAGCACACCGAUGCUUUGCUCAAAGUAACAAUAGUACCGCGAACCAACAUGAGUUUAGGGUUUGCUCAGUAUACUCAGUCCGAUCAGAAGCUCCACACUAAGGAACAAUUGAAUGAUCGAAUGUGUAUGAUGCUGGGUGGUCGAGCGGCGGAACACAUAACGUUCGAUAAAAUUUCAACGGGCGCGGAGAAUGAUUUAAAAAAAGUCACGAAAAACGCGUAUAUGCAGGUCCAGCAAUUUGGAAUGAGUCCAACUAUAGGUUUAGUUUCUUUUAAUGAAGAGGCUACUGACACGAAAAACAAAAAACCAUACAGCAAGAAACUAGCCAAUUUAAUGGAUACCGAGGUGAGGAGGAUGAUCGCGGAAGCGUACGAACGAACUCGAAAAUUACUUUUGGACAAUAAAGACAAGUUGGAUGCGCUUGCGGAAGCUCUAUUAGAAAGAGAAACGUUGACCUAUGAUGACGUAGAGAAAUUAAUUGGACCUCCACCAUACGGAAAGAAGCGGCUUGUGGAGCCGGCAGAAUUUGAAAAAUCUGAUUCGGCUAGAGAAUCUCCGUCGGUAGACAAUAUAGGGUAGCAGCACAGUGAAAUGUUUUAAAUAUUUUUCUGUAGAUAUUUGUACUAUAACAUCAAGAUUAGUACGAUAAACGUAUUAGAAAACAAACUUUUGAUAAAUUAUUUGAGACAGUUUGGAAAUUGUGCGUUUUCGUUGCUAUAAUAUAUAUAUAUACAUACACUUUUAAUUUCAUGCACAAUGUAUGAUUACAUAUUAUUACAUGUUUUACAACUAAAUUUGAGUAACAGGAAUAAAUAAAACGGUACGAAUGGAA